AUGUAUCCCUUCCACCUUCACCGGGCGUGCCUGCCUGAUGCUCAACGAACGCCCUGGUCAAGGGACGCUGAGGGUGGAUGUCUGACUUGUCCGAAAAGUCUUGCGCAGCGAGAGCAUCGAAUUAUCAGACCUUCCGUCUCAAAUCUUCCAUCUUCUGCCUGUGGCGAUGUCACCACCCAUUCGACGCGUGUAAACAGUAGCCUUCCUUCGCCUUGUACCUGUCCUGGUAUCGCAGACUCAGAAAUCCAAUGCGCCACCACCAAAAACUGGCGCCACUGGCCAACAUCUCAGUAUUUUCAUCAUGGUAUUUCAUCGACCUCUGUGCUGGCACUACCGAGGUUAACACGCAUAGGACGACAUGACCCCCUCAAGUGUAGAGGCCUCCUUGCAGAAGGCAGUUGGCAGCCUCAAGGGCACUCUGGUCUUCCUGAAGAUGUCUUCAAGGCCUGGCACCCCAGCAGCUGCACAGCUCACACAUAUCGCGCGGAUGAUGUCAAGGCCUGCCUCGGAGGGCGUCGCCUCGUCUUUGCCGGCGACUCGACCAUCCGUCAGCUAUUCUGGGCAGCCCUCAGACGUCUCGACCAAGAAAUGUACGAGCGAGAAGCUCGCACUUUUGCCCUACUCCAAGACAGGGCCGUGGAUCUUUCUUUUCUAGUCCACCAUGUACAACUCGACUUCGUCUGGGAUCCGUGGCUUAAUUCCACAGCCCUUUUUGGCCAGUUAUCGCAGUUCAGAUUGCACCCCGGAACAGCCGGCCACGAAAAGACAGCUAAGGAAGAGGGCCGAGACUCUCCCAGCGUCGUCGUCUUGGGCACUCCGGGCCUCUCUGCCGCACGCAAUGCCGGCACAAGAUAUCUUGAGACCUUUAGCGAAGGCAUCAACACCGUGAUACACUAUCUUCAUGGCAACAUCGAUGACAGCAUUCAUGUCCCUAGUUCUAGAGAUCAGGCGGCGUAUGAUGAGCUGUCCAACCUUGUUGUGCUUGCGCCGGUGCAAUUUCCCGCCUACGACAGGCUCUCCUUUAGCAGAGGCGAGCAGAUCACCCCCGCCAAGAUCAGCGCAAUGAAUUGGAAUCUCGAGACCUCUGCCUCCCUGGAUCAGUCGCACAUUAUGUGGAGCUACAACCUCAUGACUGAAGGACCCAACGACGCAUACGAUGAAGACGGAUUUCAUGUGCUGGAUAGGGUAGCGGACUGGCGUCUGAACAUCAUGCUUAACGCUCGCUGCAAUACUGGUCUGGCGAGGAGCAGCCCAUGGCGGAACGAGAUCACAUGUUGUGUUCCUUACUCGGUUCCGACCAGAGUCCAAACUUUGUUCCUGCUGUUGGCGUUGCUUGGUCUCCCCUGGUUGGCAUUGGACAGUGACCAAAAAGCUUUUGAGGCCUCAGGAGCUCGACGUUCUAUCUCAGCGCUGAUCGCGGUGGCUUACAUGCUCGCCAUCGCUGGUUAUUGUUAUCUCGCUGAUAGAACGCAUCUGUUCGACAAGAUCGCAAAGCAAUUCGAGACGUCAUCCGUCGCAUGGUCCUCCCUUUUGCUGGCUGUCCUAGCAACGGCUUCUGUCCGGUCGAGUCGAGCGGGGUUUCUGGCGCCAAUACAUCACAAGCCCGUGUCUUUCCUAGGCCGCGACCAGACCGAAGAGUUGAAAGGCCUGAUGCAAGGAUUCCUUCUGCUAUACGACUUUCACGGCGCUUCGGAGAUACCAGCUAUGCACCUGCCGUUUCGAUUAUGA